GUCUGAGUCUCACAAACUCGCAGAGCAUGUGGUUCUUCCAUGGACGUGAUUACUACACGUACACUAACACCCACUAUGAAUCUCGCAAUCUAGAAUUGAUUUCGCAUGGUAGUUGGACUUGCAUAACCCCAGAAGGUUUAGAUCGCGGCCAUUUGCCUGGUAUUGUUCACCAGUCCAUGCCAUUGAAGGAUGUCGUCAAUAAGGAGAAUAAGAAGCUGGUCGUGCGCAUGGUUUCUGAUUCAUGGGAUUGGUUCGAUUUUCAGGCAAUCAAGCCCAUGCUGGUCCCAUCCGAGCUUUCUCUGGGACAAACUCAUACGCUCAGUCUAAGUAGGGAAAUCCUCGCUGCAGGCAUAGACGACAUUGAGCAGAGCACGCUUAAGCUCGUCCUCGAUCUCGUUGAACAGGUCGGCAGGUACCACUCGUCGAAAUGGUUGGAAAAGAAUCCCGACGAGGAACCACGAGUGUUUCAUAUCGCUUGGGGAGAUCCUUCAGAAUAUGCCAGAUUGAAUGAAGACGAACGCGCUGCUCUGCCAGUCAACACUAUAGUCGACAACACAGCGUACUCGGCGUCAGUUCUACGACUCAUGAGGGCACCUGGGCCAUAUGAAGGAGGCGUCGACUAUCUAUUUGAGAAAUUCAUGAAAGUCGCCAUAUCUUUACUUUUUGACACUAGCAUUGCUUUCUUGAAGGGAACUGAUUGUCUCCCUGAAGGAUGUUUGACAGAGGAGCAUUCUUAUCCUUUGAUAGUUGCCGGCGGCUGUUCCGCUUUCAAUGAUGACAUACGUAAAGAGAUGAUGGAGAUCCUGCACCCAACAUUGGUGCACUUAGUCAAAUUGCAUCGUGAGAAAGAGACGGCGGAUUCAGAGAAGACCGACUCAGAAUUACCGGAGCACUGCGUACUUUACGGUCUCCAUUGGUCGCGCACACGCAUUCAGAUAUUCGCACACUUCCCUGUUGAAACUACUCCUACCGAUGAUCCGGCAAAGUGGAAGUUUUGUCAAGCACUUGUUGCCCAACAUUGGGUUGCCCUUGAGGAAAAGGAACUGGAUUCCGGCGGAUUUCCAGUGAAGAAGACGUCAACGAGCCUGUAUACGCAUUCUCCGAAGUUUCUGCGUAGUAUUGAUACACACGUGCCGCAAACUUCUCGCAUGCCUCAAUUCAUUCUGACGAUGCGUGAGUUCUGGAGGGCUCCGCGACUGGCCGUUCCAGAGGAGUGGGUUCCAAUCGAGGACGAAAUUGUCGCGAUCAAUCCAACCCGAAAGAAAGGGAGCUAUGUCAUAGUCAAUCGCGCUGUGUUGAUGCUUUCUAAGAUAGUGUUGCAUCCACUGCGUCAUUUGUUAGAGCCUUUGUCCGAUGAGGCGCUAUCUAGUCGUCGCGCCGACCCUACUUUCCUAGGUCCAGACUUCUUCCACCCAACGUAUGUCCCGAGAUCCUUUUUUACUUGGGACAUCUUGGAUCUGGAUCGGGAUACGUUGGACAACGAUUCCAGGCCACACCUAAACAGACUCUAUGAUCUCCUUAGUAUGCAUGCGACAUCUUGGGAGGAAGUGAAUCUUUUCAUCGCGAACAUUUUCUCCAGCUUUUCUGACUAUUCAAUCCGUUGGAAACCUAAGACACGAUAUCCUUCAGAAUUAUCAUCGCAAUCGUCGGACGUCACCUCCAGUAUUGCGGCUGAUUUCGCUCUUGUGGUGCAAAACAAUCCCCCAGACACAUGGCCGACUGUCAAACGCGCUGCUCAAUUACCGUUGACAAUUUCUAGUCCAGCAGUUGUACUAGGUCUACGAACGACUAAUUUUGACCCGGAUGGCUUUGGUAUAUCGAAGGACGAGCUGGACGAUCUGAAGACUGUGAUGGGUCCGCAUCUGCGAAUGGUUGGCUUCGCUUUAACGCAAGAGGACGUUGGCGCCAGUGAACCAGCGGCGUGGCCCACAUGGGCGACACUAUUUUGCACCUACCUGAAGGCAGGAUUCGUGCAUGUUAUGGCAUUCUUCCUCACAUCUCAUGGGCGAGUCGAUGUUUGUGUUGUGGAUAGCCUGCCUAUCAUCCCGAUAGCACACAGUGUCAUGGACCUGGAGAAUCGAGCCCGUCUUUCUAUUGCGCUGUUUACGCUCCAGAAGCAUGUGGUGCGUUUCUCGGAGCAAUGGAGAAAGUUUACGUGGCCUCAUCAACUACUGAAGGAAGAACAUGACGCCAUAGUUGAAGUGUCUGGCGUCUCAUCAAGAGGACCUUCGAAACCCCAUUCUGUGCACGGAGGUGACGAUGAUGCGAGCAUGACAUCAGAGUUCGAAGUCAACGAUCUCGUAUUAGAAGAAGUUAACGAGAAGCUCGAGAAUUGGGUGGCUAGUAUUGGGCGCGACACGUGAAGUCGAGCCUAGUGAGACCUGACUUCAGGAUGACUUCAACUUGAGUUUCGUGCAGCAUGUAUUCCGAACUGAUCUUCAAUGAAUAGCAGCAUAUUUUGACAAGA